AUGUUUUGGGGCGGUAGUUCAAUGCACCACUCUAAGUGGCUGGUGGAGGCGCGGGCGCUUGUCUGGUUGUGGUGGGCAACGCCAUUCCCUAAUCGUCUGUCAAUCCAAAAGUUCCACCAGCGAACUCAAUACCACAAAGCGGCAAAAACCCUCGCGACUCGAAAUGCCUCCCUCUUACUCCGUACUCAUAUAACUACUCUCUGUCUUCAUGCUGCCUUCCUCCUUCUCCACUGGAUAUUCAACCGCCCACGCUCUUUAACGCCUUAUGUUGUCUUUGCAUGUCCGACUCUAGCUAUCGAAUUCUAUCUCGAUCGCUUGGGCCGCCCACGCUAUAAUCCCGCCGAUGGCUCACUUCGUUCCCCUGGAGAGGACCUUGGGGCGGCCGGUUUAACAGAAUAUAUGUGGGAUGUCUUGUAUUGGACGUGGGGCUGUAUUGGCGCGGUCUGUGUUUUUGGCGAUCGCGCCUGGUGGCUAUGGAUUGUGGUACCCUUGUAUUCCGUCUGGUUGGCAUAUACCACUUUCACGGGAAUGAAGAGCGGACUUUCCGGGAUGGGCGGAACAGAGCCAGCUGUUGCGGAGAGUAAGAGGCAGAAGAAGAUGGAGAAAAGGGGAGGCCAGCGAGUACAAUAUCGAUGA